AUGACGACACAACAGCCCACUGGCCAGGCGGCCAAUGCCACUCGCAAGGGUGUGUGGCGUGAGCUGAGGGAAAAUCCUUAUAUAUUGGGACUGUCAACAUUUGCAUCUCUGGGUGGUUUUCUCUUCGGCUAUGAUCAAGGCGUGGUUUCUGGAGUCUUGACCAUGGAAUCCUUUGCCGCAAAAUUCCCACGAGUGUACCUUGACAGCAGCUUCAAGGGCUGGUUCGUUUCGACGCUUCUGCUGGCUGCUUGGUUUGGGUCUCUGAUCAACGGCCCACUAGCGGACCGUUUUGGUAGAAAGGGAUCAAUGCUCAUGGCUGUGGUGAUCUUCCUUCUUGGCUCCGCUCUGCAAGCUGGAGCGAGUGAUAUCCCAACGGUCUUUGCUGGUCGUGCCGUUGCUGGUCUAUCGGUUGGAAUGCUGACCAUGAUUGUUCCAAUGUACAUGUCAGAGGUCUCCACACCCGGCAUUCGAGGUACACUUGUAGUUCUGCAGCAAUUGAGCAUAACUCUGGGAAUUCUUAUUAGCUAUUGGCUAGAGUACGGCACUCAGUACAUUGGAGGCACCCGAUGCAACCCCGACUUACCAUAUGCCGGAGAUUCGUUCAACCCAACCACCGACGUUGGCCCCAACGGAUGCACAGGGCAAUCCGACGCUGCAUGGCGGGUUCCAUUCGCGCUUCAAAUGGUGCCUGCACUAGUUCUGGGUAUUGGAAUGUUGUUCUUCCCAGAGUCCCCACGUUACUUUUUGAUGCGGCGUAAUGAGGAGAAGGCGCUUUCUGCUUUGGCUAGAUUGCGUCGCGUUCACCCUGAUUCAGAUAUCCUGCGCCAGGAAUACCUUGCCAUCAAGACCGAGGUUCUCUUCGACGAAUCAAUUGCCCGGGAUAAGUUUCCCGGAAAGAGUGGUAUUUCGUUAUGGGUUUCCCAGUAUUCAUCGCUCUUCUCCACAUGGCCAUCCCUGAAAAGGCUUAUUUUGGGGUGCCUUAUCAUGUUUUUCCAACAAUUCAUGGGUUGCAAUGCGAUUAUCUACUAUGCACCAACAAUGUUUGGCCAGCUUGGACUCUCUGGCAAGACAUCUGGACUGUUAGCAACGGGGGUGUAUGGCAUCGUCAACACUCUGUCAACACUGCCGGCCCUCUUUCUAAUCGACAAGGUUGGACGGCGACCACUACUAAUGUGUGGAGCGGCUGGUACCUUUAUCUCCCUCGUCAUUGUUGGCGGUAUUAUUGGUGGGUACGGCUCGACAUUGGCAUCUCACUCCUCUGCGGGGUGGGCCGGCAUCGCCUUCGUCUACAUUUACGAUAUCAACUUCUCAUAUUCAUUCGCACCAAUCGGAUGGGUUCUGCCCUCUGAGAUAUUUAAUCUGGGCAACCGUUCGAAAGCGAUGGCAAUCACCACUUCGGCGACAUGGAUGUGCAAUUUCAUCAUCGGCCUAGUCACUCCGGACAUGCUCGACAAGAUUGGCUGGGGCACGUAUAUCUUUUUUGCAGCGUUCUGCUUAAUGGCUUUCGUUUUCACGUACUUUUUUGUCCCUGAGACAAAAGACAAGAGUCUUGAGGACAUGGAUGUGGUAUUUGGGGAUACGGCAGCGCAUGAAGAGAAGACAAGGCUGUUUGACAUCGCCGCGUCGGUGGGUCUUACAGAUGCCCUUCCUAGCGAAAAGGUGGACGCCAACCGGGUGGCGGCAGACGAAGUUGAAUAA